AGGGAGACCCAAGGGCGCGGUGGCGCGGGGAGGGGCGGCGGCGGGGUCGGGCUGAGUCUGGGCGAGCGAGAGAGACCGACGGCGCGACGGCAGAGGCAGGAAGCAGAUAGGGAGAGAGAAUACGGGAGAGACGGGGAGACAGGGACACAGGGGACAGAGCGAGGGACCGGGCUUCUGCACAGGGACACCAGGUCCUACAGAAGGAGAGACGGGUGGGGAGUGGCGGCGGGAGAGCAGAGCUGGGCUUGGGUACCGCGUGUGCCAGUGUCAGCAGUGGCUCCGGGGUUUGUGAAACAUUAGCCGGUCGGUGCCUGCUCCUCUGUUCCCUGCCCCCAGUGCUGACCUUUGGGGCAUCCCAGCCUAGAAAAACGAGGACCAGGCGGUGGGAAGACCCUAGUCUCAAGGAGGCAGAGCCCAGCCCAGGUGGGAGCGCCUCAGCAACCCACCUGGCCCAUGACUGGGCAGGGCGUCUCACCAGGAGUGAGCUCCGGGACAGAGAGGACGGCACUAGUGACCAGCAUUCGCAAGCCCCUCAGGAAACUGAAGUGGGGAGGGGAAGGGAGACUUGUGGUGGGACUCUUGCCCUCCCCUCCCCACCUGCACCGCACUCCAACCAAGUGACAGAAAAGACCUGGCAGAGUAUCAGGCCGGGGGCAUCACAGCCUCUUUGUGCCACCUGGUGGCGUUAAGGGAGAACGACAAGAACGAGUGACGAGAAGGGGAAGGAAAUUUGCAUCGCAGCAGUUUCCCUACCACCGUCCGUGAUCGCAUUGGGCCAACAAGUGUAUCUCCCCGCGUCUGCCUGAGGGGAGCAGUACUCCAUCUCACCCACUCUGCCCUGGUGCCCCUCACCCUGCCUCUGCCACUUCUGCCAGGUAGCAUUUGCUCCUCCCCGCCCAGCAGGGCUUCCCCCUCCAGGGAGUUGGGCUGAGCCUGAAUCACUUCCAAGAGGACAAACUCUGGGAAAGGCUUGCAGGGCACCACAGCCACAAGUGCCAGGCUCAGGCUACAGUGCCCGCUCUCCAAGCAGCCAGGCCUUCCAGUGGUCACAUGCUUUCUCUAGGCUCUUCUCUUCCCUCAUAUAAGGGGAGAUUGGGCAGCUGAACCCAGCAGCUCCUCUGUGGGCUGACCUUUCAGAGCCAAACAAGGAAUCACAUCAUUUUCAAAUACUCAUGGCAGAAGAGGGGGCCAGCCUCAAGGUUACCAGGGAUCUGAAAGCUGCCAUCUCGGCCAUCCUCCAGCACUACGGGGGUGGGCAGCAGCCAGUGACAGAUGCCAGUGCAGAGCUGCACAGACUCUGUGGCUGCCUGGAGCUGCUGCUACAGUUUGACCAGAAAGAGCAGAAGAGCUUCCUGAGGCCUCAGAAGACUUACUGGGACUUCCUCUGCACUGCCCUGUGGCAGCAGCGGGGGGACACAGAGCUGGUCCGAUUCGUCCACUCACAGGACAAGUUGAAGACCCCACUGGGAAGAGGCCGGGCCUUCAUCCGAUUCUGCCUUGUCCAGGGACAGCUGGCUGAGUCCCUGCAGCUCUGCCUCCUGAACCCAGAGCUGACCAGGGAAUGGUAUGGCCCCCGGAGCCCUCUGGUGUGCCCUGAACUCCAGGAAGACCUCCUGGACUCCCUCUACACUCUCAAUGGGGUGACCUUCAACUUGGACCUGCAGUGGCCUGACCUGGAUGGGGCCUGGCCCAUGUUCUCAGAGUCCUCCUGCUCCAAUUCCAGCCUGACCCAGGGAAGAAGACCCAGAAAGGCCAAAGAUUCACCAAAGCAGAUCUCAGCCACAUCUGGAGGCCCCACAGGAGUCCAGCCAGAGGAGCCACAUGCCAGCCAAGCUGGCUGUCUGCAAGAUGCACCCAGGGAAGACUGGUCGGCUGGACUCCCUACAUCCCAGCAACACAACCAUUCUCCUCCCUCUUUGGGAAAGAGAGAAGAUCCCAGGAGCCUCAGGCCCUCCCAGAGCAUGUGGGAGCCAGAGGGGGAGGAGAGUCAGCAAGACCAGAAGGGAGCCCCAAGGACUGGAGUCUCCCUGGAGAACUCAACACUCAGCUUCCAGGGGCAGGGGGAGGGAACCAAAGGGGCUCUAAGGGAGAUAGAGGCAGAAGCUGAGGGCAGAGGGGCUCUGCCAGGUGCCGAGGGUCAGAGAACAACAGCAGGAGCAGGGGCUCAUGAAGGGGAAGCAGAAUGGGGUCAUGUCCAUACACUGCUAGCCUCCAGCCCCAAAGAGAUGAUAAUGGACACGAUGUCAAGGAACAGGCAGGGGUGGGGAAUGCCUCUCAUUCCAAGGGAGCCCCAGCUCCUCCGGGGCCUGGGAGCAAAGGAAGGCCGCACCACAGAGAAGCUACAAGAGCAAGAAGGAGUGACCAGUGUGACCAGAAGGGAGGAGCAAGCAGAAGUGGCCUUGAAGGAUGUGGUCAAGAGCCUUAGACAAGGGCUCUGGAAGACCAAGGAGCAGGCCCAGCACCAGGAGCAACUGUUGAAGGAGCAGGAAUGGCUGCUGAAGACACUGCAGGAACAGCUCAGCAGGUGUCAGGAAGAGAAGGCCCGGCUGCAGGCGGAGCUGGAGCAGAAGCAACAGGAGGCUGAGAGGAGGGAUGCCAUGUAUGAGGAGGAUCUUGGAAGGCAGAGGGACCUCACCCAUGCCAUGAAGAGGAGGGUGCUGGAACUGAUUCAAGAGAAGGACGGCCUGUGGAGGAAGGUCCAGCAUCUCUCUUCCAUGGCUCCUGGGUGCUGUGUCAGCUGUAGCAAGAUCUUUGGCCGGCUGUCUCGGCGGUACCCGUGCAGGCUCUGCGGAGGCCUGGUUUGCCAUGCCUGCUCUGUGGAUUACAAGAAGAGAGAGCGCCGCUGCCCGUUCUGUUCCCAAGAAGGAGAAGCACAGGUCCCCUGACAAAGACCCCUCCAGGACUGGCCACCCCACCCCACACGCCCGGUCGGCUCCCUCCUUUCAGCCCUUCCCAGCCUUCUGGUCUGACCAGUCCUACCUUCUAGAAGCUGGUGAUCUAAGGCGGAUCUUGUGUGGACAGACUGUGGUGUGGAGAGCGGAAGAAGCCAGGCUGCCAGUCAGGAGACGGGAUCAAGCCAUACAUCUACCCACAACGGGCUGGGCAACUUGGACAAAGCCCUCAGCUGUCUGGGCUUUUCCAGUAAUGUGAGGGAGUCAGGUGCCGUCCUCUCUAAAGUCCCUUCAGGUUCAGAAAGUCCUUGAACAAGAAUAAGCCCCAGUGGUCCCGCUGUUUCUCCCCUACACUCCUUUCUCACCCAGCUCACCCUUCUCGGUGCUCAGGAGAAUCCUGUCUGGAGUCUGCUGCCAGAUCUGCUUUGACACGUUUCAUUUUUAACAGCUUUCUCAAGAUACUAUUGCCACAUAAUACACUUCGCAUAAAUUUGAUGAGCUUUGACUAACACACACCCUUGAAACUAUCACCAUUGUCAAAAUAAUAAACACAUCCAUCAGCCCCAAA